AUGUCGACGUAUGAAACAGCUCGAGAUCAGUUCAUCACUGUAGAUGGCAUCAAGUUCGCCUACAGGCGCUUCGGCGCGAAACACGGCGUACCCCUCACAUUGUGUAUGCACUUCAGGGGAACAAUGGAUCAUUGGGACCCAGCUCUUAUAAACCCUAUCGCGGCCAAACGCCCCAUCAUCACCAUUGACAACGCAGGCGUAGGACGCUCUGAGGGCGAAGUCCCCAAGCAAUACAAGCAAUGGGCACAAUACUACAUCAACGUCCUCCGCGCACUUGGUGUCAGCAAGACUGACGUGAUGGGAUUCUCCAUGGGCGGCUGUGUUGCUCAGCUCGUCGCCCUCAACGGAAAGGAUCUUGUUCGCCGCCUGAUCCUGUGUGGAACUAUGCCUAGCACAGGCGAAGGUGUUGUACCAGCGCCUUCUCUGAAGGCAUUCAAUGCUCUCAAUGCUGCCAAGACGGAAGAAGAACACAAGGAAGCUUUUCUUAUGAGCAUGUUCAACACUUCUGAUAAGAGCAGGGCCGCGGGUGAGGCUGCGUGGAAGAGAAUUACUAGUGCACGAAAGGAUAGAACUGAUCAUGUUGAUCCUGCGAAUGCUCGUCGACAGGGAAUUGCUUUUGCAAAGUUUAUGGACCCGAAGCAGGCUAAAGAUGCGUCUUACGACCGGUUGGAGGAGCUUCGUAUACCUGUGCUGAUCGCAAAUGGAAGUGAAGAUCUUCUGUUGCCCACAGAAAAUAGCAUUGUGAUAUGGAAGAAGCUGAAGAAUGCCCAGGCGCAACUACAUUUGUACCCCGAUUCUGGACAUGGCUUCCUGUAUCAGUAUGCGGAUGAGUUUUCUAAACUGAUCAACGUUUUCUUGGGUGAUGAGUCGAAGCUAUCAAGCCGCCUUUAG